UAUUAUUCAAUUUCAUAUUUUUUUUUGUUGCUUCGUUAAAGCAAAAGCAUGGAUUGAAAUGGAGUAGUGGAAAUGUUUAUAGCUAGUCUUUCACCGAACCUCAGAUCGAGUGCAUCGCGUAUGUUUCGCGUCUCGUUUAUUUUUUUUCUUGCUCAAGCGAAACUUUUUUUCGGUCGUAGCGCAGCUCAAAGUGAUUUUUUUUAUUUUCUUUCGAGAGAAAAAUUGCUGCAGUUGUUCAGAAUAUUUACGCGUUCGUGAGGACAAGAAAAUUUAUUGACAUUCGUGUGAAAAGGCAAAAUCUAGAAGGAAAAGAAAAUUUCAUUCAAGUGAUUUGCAGUUUUCAUUCUCUCGAAAGAACUUUACAAACUACAAGCAAAUUGGAGGCCUUUUAAAAGUUGAUCAGUAAACAUCAUAUUUUAAUAGUGCAAGUUUAUACAACCGCCGUGAAAAGUUAUUUCUACGUUGUUUUCCUAGAGGAAAUUUUAUUGAAAAUAUUUAUUAAAAGAAAAAGAAGAUUUUUCGGAAGCAGCCACGGUCCCCGAUGUCAAUCUCGCGCGCCCGUACAAGACAACGAAAAUAAAAAAUAAAUUUCACUUUACAUAACACUCGACGACUUAAUUGCAUAAUUUCAUUUAAAAAAACUUUUUUUAAUGUAUUUUGUUUCUGCGCGGCUGUUAUGUUGGUGGUGAAUAUUCAGAAAGAGAAAAAGAGAGAGAGAGAAAGAGAUAUGAGAGAAGACAAUAUUUAUGCUUAAUUAAAGCAUUUAGAUAACAAUUCUAUGCACAAGUAUCGUUGAAGAAGCAAAUAAAAAGAAAAGGAAAUUUUCGUGAACCGGUAAAGAUUAUGUAAUGUUGUAAGACGAUUUUAGUUUGUUGAAAGAGAUAGGAGAAAUACCAAAUAAUAAAAAAAGAAGAGAAAUAAAAAAUAUAUAC